AUGGCCAACCUAUACCAAACCCUAAUCUUCAUUGCCCUCCUCCUCGCCGCCGCCGCCAACACGGCGCGGUCCCAAUCGACGGCCUUCACCUACGACUUCUGGGGCGACCAGCCGACCGAGCUCCUCUACCAAGGCGACGCACAUUUCCCGUCGGACUCCACGUUCCUCCGCAUGACCAACACCACCGCCUCCGGCACCGCCGCCCAGCACAGAGCCGGCCGGGUGGUGUACCCGACCCCGAUCACGUUCUGGGAGGCCGGGGCGCAGGUCGAUUUCGAGACCACCGUGAAGUUCAUCGUGACCCCCACAGCCGGCGACAUGACCCCGGCCGACGGCUUCACCUUCUUCGUCGGCCCCGUCGGCUUACCCCUCGGCUUCACCGGCGGUGCCUACGGAGUCUUCAACACCUCCGGCCUCGCUGCCUCUGUCUUGGCCGUGGAAUUCGACAUUUACCCCAACGCCGAAGUGGAUCCAACCUAUCCUCAUAUUGGGAUCGACAUUGAAUCUAAUGUUUCGAAAAAUUUGACCAACGUCGGCACCGCGUUGCUCCGGCAGGAGGUGACGGCCAUCAUCGGCUACAAGAAAGCCACUAACCUGAUCAGCGUGAGAGUCGCCGCCGGCUCACAAAUAUACGAAGUGAGCUAUGUGUUCGACCUGAGCACCAUUCUUCCCCAGCAGGUGCAGGUCGGGAUCUCCGGGGCCACCGGAGUGUUGGGAAUUAGACGCAACUAA